UCCCUGGAAAUAAUACAAGCCGGAAGUAGCGCAGGGUAAACUCACGUGCACACCAUGAAAAACACAAAAAAGCACAACAAUGUGUCCCAAAAGGGCAAAUUCAAGCCCGGGUCGAAGAAAAGAGAAAACAAAUGCAUCGUGAUGUUUGACGACAAAGAGAGACAGGACUUCCUCACUGGUUUCCACAAGCGAAAGGUGGAAAGGAGGAAGGUAGCAGUGGCAGAAAUCCGAAAGAAAAUCAAGGAUGAGCAAAUUAGAGUCCGAGAAGAGAGGCAUAAGGAAUAUAUUAAGAUGCUGAAGGAGAGGACAGAUGCGCUCGAGGACGCUGACGAUGAUCUGGAAGAUGUGAUAACCAAUACGACAGAGUCAGUGCAGUACGAUCACCCCAACCACACUGUCACUGUGACAACCAUCAGUGAUAUUGACCUCUCUGGGUCUCACCUGCUCGGACCUGCAGCAAGUCAGGCUAAUGGGGAGAGCAAGGAUGAAGAGAACGGGGAGGAGGAGUCCCAGACAACAAGCGCAAUGCCAAGAAAAGCUGGGAACCCGAUCAUGAACAAAAAGAUCCGCUCUCUAAUGACAUCGCUCAGCACUUGCACCAGCAAGAGGAAGGGGAAAGGGAAGCAGGAAGGCCGAAGAGAACGAGGAGGACGAGGCCGUCCGGCGGACAAGAAACGAGGCGUCACGGAGUUGAAAAAGAGAACAAGGAAGACCAGCAAGUGGCAGAGAUGUCGACAGACUGGAAGGCGGGGGCAGCAUCAGGACUGAAAGAGUGUGUGUGUAAUAACAUGUAAACGUCUGAACUGUAAAGAGACUUCUUGCGUCAGAUUUAUGCGCCCGUGUUUGCAGCAGGACAUGUGUGAGCUGAAGAGUGACAUUAACAACCUGAUGUGGACACUCCAUGUUUCACUGUCUAUCAUGACAAUAUUCCCAAAGUACCUGCCACCUGAAAGUCUUGUUCUGAAGUUUGUACAUUUUUCAAAGGAAAAUAGUUUUUUGUAAUGUUAAUUCGUGAACUUAAGUGUAUUUACUGAAAUUUUGAUUAAAUGAAAGAUUGAUUUCG